AUGGCCGGCGGGGCCAUGGCGGGUGGGGAGGAUUCGCUUCGCGCUCUGCUCCGCGCCGCCAACGCGCUCCUGCAGCAGCGCCGCUACCACGCCGCGCUCGCCGUCAUCAAAGGCUUCCGAAACGGCGCCGUUUAUGGAGCCAAAAUCCGUGCCCCACACGCCCUGGUGAUGACUUUCCUGUUCAAGAGUGGAAGUUUCAGGGAGAAGCUGAAGUCCAUUGCCCAGGCCACGUACGCCCACUCCCGGAACCUGGCUUAUUUUGUGUUCACCUACAAGGGGCUCCUGGCAGCCCAGUCCCAGCUGCAGGGCAAAAAAAUCCCAUUCCAUUCCUUCCUUGCAGCCUGCAUUGGGGGCUGGCUGGUGUUUGGUGACAACAAUCCCAUCAACAGCCAGAUCAUCAUGUACCUGCUGUCCCGCAUCCUGUUCGGGCUGUCCCGGCUGGCUGUGCAGAAGGGCUACAUCCCCCAGCCCAGGCAGGAUCCCUUCCCUCUGCUGGCUGCCCUGGUGUGGGGGACAGUCCUGUGGCUCUUUGAGUACCACAGGGACACUCUGCAGCCCUCCCUGCAGUCCUCCAUGACCUACCUGUACGAGGACAGUGAGGUGUGGCACGACGUGUCUGACUUCCUCAUCUACAACAAAAGGACAGACAGCAAGUAGGUGCUGCCCUCUAAACCACCUUGGAAUGGGAUGGGACCUCCCAGCAGCUGGGGGAAAAGGUUAUUCUGUUGCUUUUGACCUGUGGUUUUUUAAAAUUAACAUCCAUCAAGCAGAGUUGGCUCUUAUCUCCAAGGCAGAAUGUUCUGAUCAGUUCUUUGGCUCCUUUUAGAGCAAGCUCAACCCCCACAGAAACUUGUUGCAGUCUGGUUUUAAGAGGCCUUAUUUUCCCUACAAGUGUGGCAUUGGGGUUUGUUCUUGAAAAACUAAAUAUAUUUAUAAAAUGACAGCCUGACACUAAGUGGAGAGUAUGAAACCAUGUUCUAGAGCUCAUCUGAAUGUUUACAAGUGUUUUUUUCUGUGCUGUUGUGCUCGCUGUGGUGGGAUUGAGGGUGAAGGGAGUGGGGGACCUGCUGAGCUCUGAGAGCAGGGCCAUCAUUUCUUCAUUGCUGUGGAUGGCUGAGAAUCCUGUUUAAACUAUUAUAAGGAUAGUUCUGUGCUUCUUGAGAGAGUCCCUCUGCAGUUUUCCCUCAGGGAGACAAUAAAAUGUGUGAGAAUUGAACUGUUAGGAUUGUCUUGUACCAGCCUGGUAAAUCAGGCUUGCAAAGACUAUUUUUGCUUGGUUCCUUUCCUGCACUUGGGCUGAAUCUGUGCCCCUAUAGAGUGCACUAAUGAAUACCCUGUAAUUAUUUUAAACUUGUUUGUAAAGCUUUUAAAAGCUGCUUGAACUAAAUACCAAAAACAGUUACACAACUUGGGCUCCUCUAUGACCAGGGGUCAGAUCUCAUGCUGGGGAUUUUGUGUGUCUAAGGGGGCAUUUCCCAAGCACUUUUAUUUAUUUUAUUUUGGUGGAGCAUGGCAAGGGUUUCUCUGAGGUCCAGAAUCUGCCUUCCACAGCUGUGGAAAGUGUUGGCUGUAACCAGAUUUGAAUCUGAUUUUGUACCUGUAGUUUGUGCAGGCUUAAUUGAUUAAUUUAAUUGAUUAAUUUAUUAAUUAUCUUCCUCUCAAAAACACUCUGCUGAGCCCCAGGAUAGGGCAGCACACCCUGGGUUAUGGCAGAAGAUAGCUGAGAAAGCACAAAAACUGGUUUCAUUCAUCAAUUAAUAAAUUCAAACUCCUCAUAGUGCAAAUAACUGCACAGUUUACUCAGUGAUGUGCAUUGAAAUAAUUCCUGUUUUGAUGGGGUGAUAUUUCCAAGGGAAUCAUGAAAUUCCCUGCUCCUUUUUGGCUCAGUUGGGACUGUUUGGUUCACUUUCCCUGUACCCACCUGCUUUUCCCUGACCUGCCCAUGGCAUUUCAUAGUCCUGCUGAUGCUCUCUUCAUCAUCCUUGGAACUUUUUACCCUCCAGGCUCUGCCAAUUUCUCCUAUGGUACAGCUGAAAUAGUACAUUUAACUUCAGGGAGCUUCUGAUUUAAAAAAAAAAUUCUCAAUUUCUUCUGAAGUCAUUUUUCCUUGUCCUCCUAACCACCUUUAUUACUGCUGCUCAUAUUCAGAGUCCUCCUUAUUCUUUAUUUUUCCCCUUUUCUUUGUCCAUGCAAACCCAUGAUGUCCAUGGUGCCUAAAAACCAAGACACUUCUUGUCAUAAUAACUUUCUAUGAUCCCUUCAACUUCUAAUUUCAUUGCUAACUUCUGAUUAACUGCUGUUACAGUCUGGACUGAAUAAUUGAAUUGGAAUCCAUCAGGCCCCAUGAAAGCUGUAAAAUUAGGAAUUUGUUUCCUUUGGCUAAAUAUUUUUCUCUGUAUAUACAGCUGAAAUGGUACAUUUCACUUCAGGGAGCUUCUGAUUUAAAAAAAACUUCUCAGUUUCUUCUUAAGUCAUUUUUCCUUGUCCUCCUGAACUCCUUUAUUACUGUUGCACAUAUUCAGAGUGCUGCUUUGCUUUAUUUUUCCCCUUUUAUUUUUUUGCUUUUCUUUAUUUUCCCCUUUUCUUUGUCCAUGCAAACCCAUGAUGUCCAUGGUGCCCAAAAACCAAGAUACUUCUUUGUCCUACGGAUCCCUUCAACUUCUAAUUUCAUUGCUAAUUUCUAAUUAACUGCUGUUACAGUCUGGAGUGAAUAAUUGAGUUGAAAGCCAUCAGACCCCAUGAAAGCUGUAAAAUCAGGAAUUUGGGUGGUUUCUUUUGGUUAAAUAUUUUUCUCUGUAUAGAGAAACAUAAAGGUUCAAUGUUUUGAACCUUUUGAACCUUUUCAAAAGAAAAGCUGCUGAAGCUACAGGUGAGGUCUGAUUCCUUUAUAAAAAUCUUUCCACCACUGUUGGGUUUUUGAAGCAUCUCAGUUUUUCUGUCAGAAGCCUCAGUAUUGUUCCAACUAAGAGCAUUGAUAUUCUGCUAAAAUUGCAGAAUUCCUGCAAGCUUUGAUGGGAUUUCAGAAAGCUGACAGCUGUGCCUUGGGAAAUGCUCCCUAAAACUAUUAAACUCACAAAUCCUUGACCAUGUGUAAUUAUUGCAGCAAAAGAAGCUGUGGGCUGGGUGUCUCUGAGAAGGUUUUGAUCUGUGAGAUUUGUAGCUUGUGGUUCCCUUAGAGGUGGAAUAACCUUCCUCUGCUGGGCAUUGUGGCUGCUGGUGGAAGGACCAGGGGCCUUUCCUGACCUUUUCAUGGCUCUGUGUCCUUUAGAAAAUAAAGCUCAGCCAAAAACCAAUGUAUGCAAUCAGUCUGGCAGCAGCACCAUGACUUCUUGGUUCAGAACUCCCUUUUUCCCUUGGGAAUCUCUGUCUUUCUAAGGAAGCCAUGCCUGAGCCUGCAGUGGAGCUGCCAUCCCAACUCCUGACCUUUUCACACUGCUCUGUGUCCUCUCCAGAAAACAAAGCCCAGCCAAAAACCAGUGUAUGCAAUCAGCCUGGCAGAAGUACCAUGGCUCCUCCUCAGUUCAAAAUGCCCUUUUUAUUUGGAAAUCUCUCCUUUCUAAGGAAGCCAUGGCUGAGCCUGCAGUGGAGCUGCCAUCCCAGCUCUGACCUUUUCACAUUGCUCUGUGUCCUCUCCAGAUAAAUCCCACCCAAAAACCAAUGUAUGCAAUCAGCCUGGCAGCAGUACCAUGACUUCUCCCUGAUUCAAAACUCCCUUUUUCUCUUGGGAAUCUUUUCCUUUCUUAGAAAGCCAUGCCUGAGCCUGCAGUGGAGCUGCAGUGGAGCUGCCAUCCCUGGAUCCCAGCUCUGACCUUUUCACACUGCUCUGUGUCCUCUCCAGAUAAAUCCCAGCCAAAAACCAAUGUCUGCAAUCAGCCUGGCAGCAGUACCAUGGCUUCUCCUUGGUUCAAAAUGCCCUUUUUUUGGGGGGAAUCUCUCCUUUCUUAGAAUGCCAUGCCUGAGCCUGCAGUGGAGCUGCCAUCCCAACUCCUGACCUUUCCACACUGCUCUCUGUCCUCUCCAGAAAAUAAAACCCAGCCAAAAAGCAGUGUCUGCAAUCAGCCUGGCAGCAGUGACCAUGGUUCCUCCUCAGUUCAAAAUGCCCUUUUUAUUUGGAAAUCUCUCCUUUCUAAGGAAGCCAUGGCUGAGCCUGCAGUGGAGCUGCCAUCCCAAUUCCUGACCUUUUCACACUGCUUUCUGUCCUCUCCAGAAAAUAAAACCCAGCCAAAAACCAGUGUAUGCAAUCAGCCUGGCAGCAGUACCAUGGCUUCUCCUUGGUUCAAAAUGCCCUUUUUUUUUUGGGAAUCUCUCCUUUCUAAGAAAGCCAUGGCUGAGCCUGCAGUGGAGCUGCCAUCCCAGCUCUGACCUUUCCACACUGCUUUCUGUCCUCUCCAGAAAAUAAAACCCAGCCAAAGACCAAUGUCUGCAAUCAGCCUGGCAGCAGUACCAUGGCUUCUCCUCAAUUCAAAAUGCCCUUUUUCUCUCGGGGCUCUGUAAGGAAGCCCUGGCUGAGCUGCAGGGGGCAGCUGCCAUCCCUGCAUCCCAGCUCCUGCCUGGAUCCCAAGCCCCUGGGGCUCUGCUGACCGUUGGUUUCCCUGCUGGGCUGGGCCAGGACGUUAAGCUGCAAGUCAGUGCUUUCCCCAGGGAAGUAAUUGGGACAGCUCCUUAAUGACACCAGCCCCCCUGGCUGUCCUGGGAGCAGAUAGCUGGGGAUGAGCCCCUUCUGCUGCCAAGGUGUUGGAACAAUGCAGGAGUGUCGUGGGGAAGUGAACUAGAAGUAAUUUGUCUGAGUCAGACUUUUGGGAUAUGUAAGUGACACUCCCUGCCCUCCCCCAGGGCAUUGUUUGGGGAACGGAGUGCCCUGUUUGGGUUCCUUUUUUUAUUAGCAUUAAACGCAAAAGAAAUAAAGAGACAGUUGGGAAGGCACCUGCAGUAUGGCCAGUGCUUAAGGAUCACAAAGAAGGGUCAUUUUCUCCCCUCAGCCCUGACUGGUUUUGAAUUUUAAGAUGAGCAUGGGGAUGUUUGUCUACAACAACUUUAUUUUCCCCCUUGUUAUUUUUUCCUUGACACCUGACUGAUGCUGAGUGUCUCUAAAGAGGAGCAGAGUCUCUGUCUUUGCUCAGUUUGUCACUCUGGAUAAAAUUGAAGGGUUUAAAAUGAUGCUUCUCCCUCAGAUUUUAAGCCUCUCUUAGAGGCAGUUUUAAAGGUUAAUGAAUCAAACUGAUCAAAAGUUUUCAGCAGUCCUGAGCUUUUCAAGCAGACUGACUAUCCUGGGCUAUUAAUCAUUUAUUUUAUGAAGGAACAAAGCAGGCUCAGGGUUAUUUACUGCUGCUGCCUGCUGCCCUGGCAUACCCACUGUGCUUCCCUUCCCUUUGGAGGACAGCUUGUGUGCUGGGCUGCAGAACCCUUUCCGGGACAAUUGCAUUAUUUAACAAAGGUGAAAAUGAGACAGCUGCCUGACAUUUGGGUUAGGGAAGCUUUUCUGGGCUGUGUUUGAUGCUGGCAGUGAAGGAGAGGGUGUUUGAACCUGUGUUUGGCCAUUCAGUGCUGCAGAGGAGGUUUGAGGAGGCUGGGGGUGUGACCCCGUGUCUGUGAUGGGACAGAACCAUCCCUGUGUCUGUGCAAUACCCAGAGAACUGCCCUGCUCAGGGCAUUUAUCAGAGAAUUAUGGGAUGGUUCAGGUUAGAUGGGACCUUAAAAACCAUCCCAGCCCCUGCCAUGGCAGGGACACCUUCCUCUACUUCCUCUAUCCCAGGCUGCUCCCAGCCCUGCCCAGCCUGGCCUUGGGCACUGCCAGGGAUCCAGGGGCAGCCACAGCUGCUCUGGGCACCCUGUGCCAGGGUGGGGAGGGUGCAGAGCACCUUUGAUAUGGGUGUUGUGAGACUUUGCUGCCCUGCUAGGAUGGGUCAAGCUCUGCUUUACACCCAGCUGGGUGUGUGUGGAAGGGCAGAGAUGAUCCCUGGCUGCUGACAGAGCCCCCCUGUGCAGAGUGAGCUCUGCAGGCUGCUGGGAGCUGCCUUGGCUGCCUGCAUGGUGCUGCUGGAGCCACCAAACCCUGUGCAGAUCCCUCAGCAGGAGAAGCUGCUGGGGAGCUCCAGCUCAUUUUCCCUGCAUCAGCACAAAGGUGACCUUUGGUUAAUACCCCAAGCUGUGUGCUGCUCCCUGUUUGCCAGGCUGUGUUUGUCUCCCUGGCCCCUGGCAGCCUGGAGCUGAAUGUGUUUUCUGAUGCUGCUUUUGAAACCCAGCAGAUAAGGGAGGAGGGGAAAUGAGGCAUCAUGUCUGUCUGCCACUGUUAAUAUUUUUGGGGUGUUAAUCUUGAGUUUUCAACCUGUGUGUUCCUACCAGAUUGCUGGAGGAGGUAACUUUUCUCUUUAUUUAGAAGAAUUUUCAUGUCUCUGCUGGUGAGGAGGGAGAAAAACAAACUAAAAGCUCUAUAAUACAGGUAUUAUUACCUCUGCUUUUGAGAUGCAUUUUGUAUUCAUAAUUACUGUGUAAUCCAGGCCUUGAUUUUCUGACAGCAUAGAAUAAAAUAAAGAACAUAAACUCAGGUAACUUAUGUGACAUUGAUCAGACGCUUGUAGAAAUAUCUUGGAUUUGGGUUUAAAACAAUAAAAAGAGAGGGCAGGGGGUUGUUGAUGUGGCUCUGUCCACUAUGAAUCACCUUCUUGUGGCCAUUAUUUCUGUAUAAUCACUCUUUGAAUAUUACAAUACUGUGCUUUGUCUACAAAUAAAAAUCCUAAUUUUUUGUC